UGAAAAAAGUCUAUUGUCAUGGUUGCGACAUUGACACAAUUUUGCUGAACUGCAACCAUAUAAGAAAUUAGCAAUAGGUCUUUAAGUCACAUAUCGAAUGGUUUAUUUUAACAUAUAUUUUGAUAUUUUAAAAACAACGCUUAUUUUGAUUUGUACAGUAACCUCAUAAGCAGGUACUUAAUUAAAGAAGACACUUAGCAUAAUUAAUAAUAUAUAAAGUAUGGAGUGUGGAAUUAAGUCUAUCUCCACCUUUCGUAAUAUAAAGCUUGUAGUGAUUGUUAUUAACAACUUUCUUUUUUACUAUGCCUUACAAAGUAUGUUUUUUAUUUUUAUUUUUUUAUCAUUGAUACCUUUAAAAUUUUAAGAUACAUAAUCGAGACUUAGCGCAUCACUAUGGUAGUUUAGACGAUGUCAUUCUCACCCCACCCCCUUGUCUUGUUGACAUUUGUAGUGUUUUAAUACAUGCAAGCGAAAAGAACUCAAUAGAAACAGUUUUGCUGUUUACGUCUAAGCUAUAAUCAACCUUAUGUUAUUGUGGAUGAGUUUAAUAUUAAACGAUUAAUUUAUCGUAAUAUUUUAGUAAGAAGCGAAACAUUUCUUUAAAAAUACUAUAAUUCUGUUGCACGAUAGAAAUGUUUAUUGUUACAGAUUUUAUAGAUUGUAACUUUUACUAGAUAAUAAAUAGUUUAAGUAUUAUAUUAAGUCCAUAAUAAUGACGCAGCAGCUAAUAAAUGAGAAUAGCAAAUACAUUUUAGAUUUAUUUUCGGAACAAACAGUGGAUCAACAGAGCUUGGACUCAAUAUGUGCUCAAGUACAAAAGCGCUUUCCAAAAACAGAGCACUUUAAUUUAUGUCUCCUCUUAUCAUCCCUCAUCACUGGCGGGGACCUGUCUCUGCCCGGCCAGCGUGUGGUCGCCCUAGCCCUCCUACACGACAUAUACAAAGUGGACAGUCCGUUCAGCCCACUGUACCUGCAUUUGCUGGAGUCGAAGCCUGGCCUGACGCCGCUCACGCCGCAGGAGAGGUUGUUUGUUGGACAACUACAUGGCUUCACUAGCGGUAAUGUCAGAGAUGUUAUGAAGAAGACAGCAAAGCAAGUAAUACUGACAGAAGUAAACGCCAAAGACCUUGAGUUCGACCUGUCGCCGCUUCAGUCGCUUGUGGCGGAGCGAUUAGCGGAUAUCAGCUCAACGGCACGGGCAUCCGCUCCUGCUCUUAUUCCGCUGUCAGACGGUAGUCCUCCAAACCGGAUAGCAAUGAAGGAGCUGAUCGAAGCUCUCAUGUCGACGGAUUAUCUUCCCCUCCACGGAACCCUGCAGGCCAGGGGACCCAUCCCGCCACCUGCCUUCCUGUUAGACGAGAUACCCUUCUCUGAUGAGGUAGUAUGGAAGAACCUGGUGAACCGCGGCGCACACAUACCUAUGUUCGACACGGCCCAAGACGGGCUGAUAGGCCUGCGACCUGCUAAGGUCAAAGACCAGCCCAAGCCUAAGCAAGAAGAAAAGAAAGAAAAGCCAGAAGAGAAGAAAGAAGAAGGCAAAGAGAGCCCCGUGUCUGAAGCCAAGCAGCUGACCCAGAUGGCGCUGCGCGGCGCGCUCAGUGUGUCUCAGCAACAAAGACUGCUGGCCUUAUUAGACCACGAACCUAACGUCGUUUAUGAGAUAGGAGUCACGCCGUACCAGUUACCAGAGCUAGUGGAAAACAACCCCAUGGUGGCCAUCUCCGUCCUGCUGAAGCUGAUCCACUCGCAGCAGAUCACCGAGUACUUCAGUGUUCUCGUCAACAUGGAGAUGUCUCUGCAUUCAAUGGAAGUUGUCAAUAGAUUAACAACAUCAGUAGACUUACCGGUCGAAUUCGUGCACCUCUACAUAAGCAACUGCAUAUCAACGUGUGAGACUAUACGCGACCGGUACAUGCAGAACCGACUGGUACGACUGGUAUGCGUGUUUCUGCAGUCGCUUAUACGGAAUAAGAUUAUUAACGUUAAGGAGCUGUUCAUCGAGGUGGAAGCAUUCUGCGUGGAGUUCAGCCGCAUCCGCGAGGCGGCAGCGCUGUUCCGGCUGCUAAAGCAACUUGAUUCCGGCGACGCCGCGCAUAAGGACACCAAGGAAACUUAGACCUUAUGCAAACGUGUUAGGAUACAAUUUCAUGGGGCAGGAACAGGCAGGGAGGGGCAGCUGCCCCCCGCUCUAAUUUUACAUACAGUGUAUGCCCCUCUACGGCGUCUGCCCCCCCUAAGCCUCCGGCUAUGUCGCCUUGCCCCCCCCCC